AGUUGACAUUUGACAGCGCGUGCAACAGCACGUUUCGUAAAAAUAGCAACGGCAUCGGUAAUAAAAUAAUAGCAAUAAAAAACGAAUUCCGAAUAAUAAACAAAUGUUUUAAGGCAAUACGAUAAGAGAAUAAUUCAAAUAUUUGCGAAGAGAGAACAAAAUGAACCAAAAAAUAAUAUUUUAAACGAAACGAUUUAUUUAAAAUAAAAAUCAAAUAAUUUAACAAAAAAUUACAAACCACCAUGGAAACAAAUCCUAGCGAACAACCCACCAACACCAGCCAAGCUGCCACAACAACACCGUCUUCAACAUCCCCACAACCACCACCACCUGCAACUGCAACAUUAUCGAAAACAGUCUCGUCAUCAACCAGCCUAUCUUUGAACUUAGCAAAUGCAUCCACUCCCCCACUGGCCAGCAUUGGCAAACAGGGCUCGGUCAAUUUUCGUCAUAGCUGGCUAUACGAUAGCGGAGCCGAGGGAUCCGAUGCCGACGAGCAGACCCGCCUCAUACGUACACCCUCGGUGCGGUCACAUAAAUUCAUCAUAAUACCAGCCACAUCACCCGCCCUGGGUCAACAACCAAAAUUCCCCUCGACCACAUCAACAACGUCGCUGACAGCUUUACAAAAAUUACCGCUCCGUUCUCCAACAAAUCUAAGUUUGGCCGCCCCACCAACCCCCACACAAACAUGGGCUGCCCGUGCCACACAGCAUCCCCUACUGACGGCAAAAAGCUCAGUAUCACCAUCAUUGCCUCGGUCGGAUGUCGUUUAUCAUACGGCGGCAGAGGUGAACACUCGAGGAACACUAGUGGCCGGCAAUCGCAGUAGUAACGGCAGCUAUCCAGCUGCAGGUGUCAACCCAAGUGUAAAAUUUACAAUUGAAGACUAUGACUCGGAUAAUGCCGUCAACGAGACAACAAACAACACGGGCCCGGGAACAAAAGCCACGGCAGCGACAUCGACAUCGCUUGCCUCAUCAUCUACAUUAGAUGCAUUAUAUUCAUACCGAAUGCCUGCAAUCAGUUCAAUUUACGCGGGCAACAACUCAACACAUCCAUUAACGAGCCCUGGUGGUGGUGCGACAAUCGCCACACAACAGCAGCCACAACAAUCAGUGUCACUGUCACCGCCACCAUUCCCAUCACAGCUCAAGUCCAGCAGUCCAUCUUCACAUGCUGUGAGACCUGUCUCGGCUAUAUUUAAUAGCAUUUCUCCGUUAACUGGUGCCACCACCUCCGCAGCAGCUGCCGCCGCUUCAUCAUCAUUAUCCACAUCGCCCUCUGCUCUGGGAAUUGGUUUGCGUCCGCGUAACGAUCGUAAUAGCAGUAUGCGUUCUGUGGUAUCAGCAUAUCUCUCCGAUCCGAAUGAUCUGACCGUCAACAGUUUCAUACAACAACAAGAUGAUUCAAGUUCCUAUUUAUUUCGUGAUAGUGUUGCCAAUCAAAUCUAUUCGGAUGUAACAUCGGUGCGAUCGUUGGCAUCGAUAGGACUUGGUUCUUCAGAUGGCCGUAAGAUUAUAAUACGACGUGUGCCGCAAACACCCACCGAAUUAUUAAAUAUUGUUAAUCCACCAACACCGCAACUACCCGGCGUCGAUGAUGAUGACGAUGAAAGCUACAUGGACAUGUCGGAUGAUUCGAAUAACUUGAAACCCCGUCAACAGCAUUGGGCCAAUAAAAUGCAAUUUGUCUUAGCCUGCAUUGGUUAUUCCGUCGGUCUGGGCAACGUUUGGCGUUUCCCCUAUAUGUGCUAUAAAAGUGGUGGAGGCGUAUUUCUGGUACCUUAUUGUAUUAUUUUAAUUAUCUGCAGUAUACCGCUAUUAUUUAUGGAACUAUCCGUGGGACAAUAUACAGGCAGAGGGCCAAUUGGAGCAUUAGGACAAUUAUGUCCCCUGUUUAAGGGAGCUGGCCUGGCAAGUGUAGUGGUGUCGUUUCUAAUGUCCACCUACUAUAGUGUCAUUAUUGGUUAUUCAAUUUAUUACUUCUUCACAGCGUUUAAAACGGAAAUGCCAUGGGUGGAUUGUAAUAACAGAUGGAACACUCCCGACUGUUGGGUACCACAGCGAGUAGGAGAUAAUACCACAUCGCCACCAAUGUCAAGGACACCAUCGGAGGAAUUCUUUGAGAACAAAGUGUUACAAAUUAGUCCUGGCCUGGAAUAUCCUGGCACAAUGAGAUGGGAAUUGUUUGCCUGUUUAAUUUGUGCCUGGUUAAUGGUGUACUUUGCCACCUGGAAAUCAAUCAAGUCAUCGGCAAAGGUACGCUAUUUCACUGCCACCUUCCCCUUUAUACUGAUCAUUAUACUCAUGGGCCGUGCUGUAACCUUGGAAGGAGCCGACGAUGGUUUGCGUUACUUUUUCCGUCCCAAUUGGGAUGAGCUGAAAAAUGCCAAUGUCUGGAUUAAUGCAGCUUCACAGAACUUCAAUUCGCUGGGCAUAACAUUUGGUUCGAUGAUUUCCUUUGCCAGCUAUAACAAGUACAACAAUAACAUUUUACGUGACACCAUUGCCGUGAGUGUGGUAAAUGUUCUGACCAGUCUACUGGUGGGUGUGUUUGCAUUUGCCACUUUGGGAAAUUUGGCAUUGGAACAAAACACCAAUGUUAAGGAUGUAAUUGGUGAUGGUCCCGGACUGAUAUUUGUCGUUUAUCCCCAGGCAAUGGCCAAAAUGCCAUAUGCCCAAUUGUGGGCGGUAAUGUUCUUCUUUAUGCUGUUGUGUUUGGGUUUGAAUUCACAGUUUGCCAUUGUGGAAGUGGUUGUCACCUCAAUACAGGAUGGUUUCCCCAAUUGGAUUAAGAAACAUUUAGGUUAUCAUGAGAUUGUAGUUUUAAUAGUUUCGGUUAUAUCGUUUCUAUUUGGAUUGCCAAAUUUAAUACAGGGUGGUAUUUAUUUCUUCCAACUAAUGGACCAUUAUGCUGCCUCUGUUACAAUCAUGUUCUUGGCUUUCUGCCAAAUGAUUGCAAUCGCCUGGUUUUAUGGCACAGGACGUCUAUCGAAAAAUAUUAAACAAAUGACCGGAAAGGCACCUUCAUUAUAUUUGAAAUCAUGCUGGAUAUUGUGUGGACCUUGUCUGCUGUUUGCAAUUUGGAUAUUGAGUUUAAUCAAUUAUAAAGAACCUACCUAUCACAAUGGCCGUUACACUUAUCCGGAUUGGGCGUACGGCAUUGGUUGGAUGUUUGCUUCAUUUUCACUGGUCUGUAUACCGGGUUAUGCCAUUCUAAAUUUGUAUAAGGCUCAAGGUCGUGAUAUACAAGAGCGUCUACAAAGUGCAUUGCGUCCCAACAUUUAUGAGUGUCGAAUUUGUGGAGAACAUCAUUGUGAACACGACUUCCCCGAACAGGAACAGUAUAUGUUAGCCCAAGAAUUAGCCGGUGUCUAUAAACCAACUGUUGUGGGUACAAAUGUACAUGUAACUGGGCAAAAAUCUGGCUAUAAUCCAAUGCAUUUGCAUGUGCAAAUGGAAAAGCCACGCGACACUGCACCGCCACCAUCCCGAGACGAUGGCCAUGAGAUGCCUACAACAUCAACAGUGAAUAAGGGAAAUUUGGAGGAUGGCCAAGCAAGAUGAUUCUAAUUGAAAAUGGGAGAAACUCACAUUUUAGGCUUUUAUUUAAAAUUCAUAUAUUGUAGUGUACUUUUAGGCAUUUUGAAUGUUAUCCAUUCCAAACAAGAGAAUAAAACAUUAUUUGUUUUUUGUUAAA